GGAACACUGGCCGCUCUUGCACAGUGACGGAACACGUACUGCGGGCGGCUAGGCAGACAGCGCCGACACUUGCGACGACUCCAUCGAUGCUACCACAAAGUGCGAAAACCACUCACGCAAGGCGGCCAGAAACCUUUCGGGCCGCGGGUAUACGCAGAGGUACCACGGUUGGAGACUUGAAAGCAGCCCUUUCCGCUAGGUUUACCAACGAUGAGAGGGACAUGAUCGAGAUCGAGGCUAGCAUCGUCCCAUCCUGUGACGCGACAGAUGACGCCGUCACCGCUCUAUUGUGCUUCAAGCCUAAAGCUCCCGCCUACUUGGACCCACUGUACAGAGACUUUGACGACACCCAGAUCGAUACCGAAGUCGGCCACUUGAACUUCGACAAGAACUUCUUUGGGUUCACCCAGCUCUAUCCCACACCCACCGGGCACAAGAUCACAGCGGACAUCAUCGCUGUAACGGGGCUUGACGGCCAUGCUUAUGGCUCGUGGCGAUCAAAGACCGAACCCGUCCGGAUGUGGUUGCGAGACUUCUUCUCGGAGGACCCCCCAACAUGUAGGACAAUGAUCUAUGGUUACGACUCCAAGUUGGGGAGUGUGAGUAUUCAUACCGUUCAGGACUACACCUCCGGGCUUUUGGAGGAUAUAAGAAUGGCACGGACAAGUGAAGAAAGGGAGCAGCCGAUUAUCUUCAUUGGUCAUAGUUUUGGAGGCAUACUCAUAACCCAGAGCUUGUUAAUAGGAUCCGAGGAACAGUUCGGUGACAUCGAGGCUUAUUCGAUAUAUGAAGCUACCCGGGCCUUGAUAUUCUUCGCCACACCCCAUCGUGGACUAUCGACAGAAAGAACUUGGAAGUCCUGCAGUCGCAGCUACAGAGCUUCAUCGAAAUCGCGCUCCGUUUCAGGAUAUUAAGCUUCUACGAGCAAAAGAAGACCAAAAGGCUGGUCCAGGGUCUAAAUGGGACUUGGGCUAGAACCGGUGAUUUCACUGUUCCGGUUGCUACUAGUUCAGCCCUGCUCGAUCUAUCCAGGAAGAUAGAAACGAGAGUUCCAGUCA